UACAGGUGUAACCAUGCUGUGGUUGAUCUUGGUCGCCGUCAUUCCUAUCACGACAUGCCAGAGAACCGAUACAUGGGACAGUUGUGGAUGCAACUGGUUGACUUGGCAGGCCUGGUCGAAUUGCUCGAGUAGAUGUUAUGGUGGACAGAUACGCGAGAGGCUGGUGAAUGUUCUCGACACGCCAGAAUGUGGGACAUUUGAAUCCUGCGACGGAGGAAAUGGGGCUUCUGAAAGAAGGGACUGCAACAAACACUGUGAUACAGGUCACUAUAAUGGAUAUGGAUGCUCCUGUCCUCUGGGAAGAUAUGGAGAAUGCUGUGACAGCAUAUUGACCUGCGCCAAGCCAGUGUCCAUUCCACACGGAAAAGUACACGGGGGAAGGUUCCAGUAUAAUGACGUCAUCACCUACACAUGUGACACCAGCUUUAACCUGACCGGUCCCUAUGAGAGAACAUGUAUGGUUAACGGAGGCUGGAGUCUUUCCACACCAAGAUGUAUCUUCGCCGAGUCGUGUAGGAGCGGCCCGUGUCAGAAUGGCGGCACAUGUGUGGAUGGUCUGGACAGGUACGACUGUAUCUGUGGAAGCGGUUGGACUGGGAAAAACUGUGAUGUGCACGUUGAUGAUGACCAUCCUGCUCGGGAUUCUGCUGCAGAGGAUUCCCCAAACACUACGCUGGUUAUUGUGCUUUCUACCGUGUCUGCUCUGGUGCUGAUCGCCGUGGUGAUUGUGGUGGUUUGCAGGGUUAAAGGCACCAAGACGAGGAGAAGCAGCAGCGCUGUUUGGCCCAAGAAAAAUCAGGCAGACUCUUCUAGUCCUCCAGCUUACACCCCAGGGCACAUACUUGGGGACACAUUGAACACAGGAGCUGCUUGCUCAAGCAUGUCUCCGCAAACGCCCCAGUCACCGCCGGACUCCAGCAUGUCUCCUGGGAACAUACCCCAACAGUCGGAUGUGACAACUGAGUAG